GUAGCCCUUCGAACUCGCCGGAGACAGCAGAGACAGAGGGAGAAGAAGAGAUGGCGGAGAGCCUAGCGGAUAUGGUCUUGGGGUUCUUCGAGGAGGAAUGGGCCGCCGGAAGUUCAGGAAGCGACGACGGUUGGAUUAGCGCCGGGGAAAGGGAUGGAGCGGAGUCCGGUGGAGGCGCCGCUGAGGCCAGGGCGUUUUGGGAAUCUCAAGAUCAGCUCCUCCAAGAGGCGCUGAUGAGAACCGGGUCAACGGAAACGAGGAUUCGAGGAAACGUGGAGGAGGCGGCAAGAAAACUGAGGGAAGAAGGCGCCGCCUUCUGUGAUUUCUCCUGCGGUGGUUUCGCCACCGCUGCCUCUGCCGGCGGCGGCGCUAACGAGGGUAGCCGCGGUUACGUGCUGAGGGGAAUUGCUGAGAGGCUCCGGGAGAAGGGCUAUGACAGCGCGGUCUGUAGGUCUAAGUGGCAACGAUCACCGGAUAUUCCUUCAGGGGAACACAGCUACGUUGACGUGCUCAUCGGGUCGAGAAGCGGGCUGAAAGACCCGACCCGAAUAGUAAUCGAGCCGAACUUUAAAGCCGAAUUCGAGAUGGCGAGAGCCAGCCCGGAGUACAACUCCCUGGUGGCGCGGCUGCCGGAGAUGUUCGUCGGAAAAACAGAAAAGCUUAAAUCGGUAGUCAAAAUAAUGUGCCGGGCGGCCAAGCGUUGUCUGAAGGAGAACAAAAUGCACAUGGCACCUUGGAGGAAACAAGAAUACAUGCUCUCGAAGUGGUUUCACACGUGCGAAAGGCUUUCGCCACCGAUGCCGGUGGCGGCGGCGGCGAGGGAUGCCAUCGGUGGUGCCCCUCGGCAGCCGCGGCCGUGGGCCUCUUUAUUAACAUUCGAUCUGCGCCGUACAGCUGUGAAGGUCGUGUGAAUCUGCGGGCGGAUGGAUGGAGGGAUGCAAGCAUGGAUUGCUUUUAUCAUUUUUUUUUGCAAAAUCAAAGAGUUUUAUGUAAAAUGUAACUAUUAUAGGCUUCGCGUGCAAUAUAUCAAUUGUUGAGGAUUUGGAUGGAAUAAUUGUUGUGGGAUACAGACCGUUACACCUUGUUUGAUUUUAAGUAAUGAAGUUUUGUAUUAUGGUAAA